AUGUACUCUCCCAAGAAAAAAAAAAAAACCUCUCUACCAAUACACACCAAACUGAGCAUGUGCAGAGUGACUCUAUAUGAUAUGUCUUAUCAGGGGAUAAGAGGGGGACAUUGGAAGAAGGGGAGGAUCAGAGAAGACAGGUUCAAACAGCAUUUUUACACAAUGCAGAAGAUUAACCGCUUAGGUUCCACAGUGAGUAUAACAAGCAUGCUUUACUGCCAGGGGUGGACUGACAACUCAUGGGGCCCCUGGGCAAUAGAGGAUCAUGGGGCCCCUGUGUCCUUGCCCAAACUCAAAAAAAGCCUA